GGUGCGGGCGGGCGGCCGGCGAGGGGGGCGCAGGGCGCACCGGUGAUGGUGGCUCCCCUCGGGGCGCUGGCGACCCCCUGAGACAGAGACAGACCCCGACUCCCCCCUCCCCACCAGCAGCCCCCAGCCCCUUCCCGGCUCGUGUGGAUGCGGGCCGGGGUGUCUGGCUGCCAGCGCGGAGCGAGCAGAUGCUGGGGGGCCGGAGGAGGAUGGAGUGCGCCCUGGACGCCCAGAGCCUGAUCAGCCUCUCCCUGCGCAAGAUCCACAGCUCCCGCACCCAGCGCGGGGGCAUCAAGCUCCACAAGAACCUGCUGGUCUCCUAUGUGCUCCGCAACGCCCGGCAGCUCUACCUGAGCGAGCGCUACGCCGAGCUCUGCCGCCGCCAGCAACACUACCAGGAGGGCGGCAUCCUGCUCGGGGCGCCCCCGGGCUGCGCGCCCGCCGGGGGGAUCCCGCCGGAGUUCAGCCCGCUCCAGCUGGCGGCCGAGCCCGAGGACCCGGAGCCGGGCAUGCAGCAGCCGCGGAGCUGCGGGCUGGCCGGCGCGGCGGGGGCAGCCCUGGGGAGAGGGGGCGGCGGCGAGCUGCUGGAGGUGCCCGUGUGCGCUGCGCUCCUGCCCGGGGCGCCCCAGGAGGACGAGCCGCUGGAGCUGCAGCCCAGCCCGCCCCAGCAGCCGCAGCCGGCGGCCCCUUCGGCGCUUCGCAGAGACUCUCCCCCUGGCUUCUACCGGGGCGGCGCCGGCAACAGCGGCGCUCCUCCGGGGCUGCUCUACCCGCUGCCGGCCAGCUGUGACUUCGGCAGCCCGGCGCCUCCGGGCUCGGCCGUGAGCGCAGCGAGCGGCGGCGCCGCGGCGCACUGUAGCAGCCGCACCACGGUGCUGGACCUGGACACCCAUGUGGUGACCACGGUGGAGAACGGCUACCUGCACCAGGACUGCUGCUCGCAGUGCCCGUGCUGCUGCCAGGGCGCCGCGGGACUCGGCGCCCCGCCGCCUACCCCGGGCGCCAAGCGCAAGUACUACCCGGGGCAGGAGGACGAGGAGGACGGGGACCCGGGAGGGGUGGUGGUGGGGGGCGGCGGCUCCCCCUUCUCCCCUUGCAGCAAGCGAGCCCGCUUCGAGGACUUCAGCCCCGAGCAGCCCCCGGACUCUUCCAACAUCUCCAACUUGAUCUCCAUCUUCGGCUCCGGCUUCACGGGGCUGGUGAGCCGGCAGCAGGCGGACUGUGAGCAGCCCCUCAACGGGCAGCUGUGCGGCAAGCAGGCGCUGGCCAGCCUGGGAGCCUGGACUCGAGCCAUCGUGGCGUUUUAGGGGCGGGGAUGGACGCGGGGGGAGCGAUCCAAGGGACACGGACUCCGGAGGGGCCCCUGAAACAAAGAGGGGCGGGCGGCUGGGGCGGGCGGGGGAGGGGGAAGCCGAGCUCAUGUUUUAUAAACUGUACAAUAAAAAUCGCAGAUCGUGGGACUUUAUUUUUGCAGAGAUGAAAAGCACCUAUUUAACUAUCCCUGUGGCCGCUCGGGCUUUAUUUUGUAUUGAGUGCGGGGGCGACUUCAAGCCGGGAGCACGCCACGUGAGGCCAGGGCUGCUGGCCGCAGGAAGCCGUGUGUGCCGGGGAAGAGUUUGGAAAGCUGCACUUCGCUGCCCCCGGAGGAGCUGCCUUUGCUGGGGGGGUGGGAAGAGACGCCCAAGCUUGCAGGGGCCGUUGGACUAGCGGGGGGCGGGGGGGGGGAUUCUGCCUGUAGGUCUCGGGGGCUGUAAGCGGGGAGAAGGAUCCUCCAGAAAAAGGGGGAGCAGAGUGUGAUCGAGUGAGGUUUUUGUUUGUUUGUUGUGGCCUCGGCACUGAUACCCUCACUAAUUGUCCCAGGCCGGGGGAGACGGGCCCCUGGGGCAUUUGCAAGGUUCAUAGCUCGCGGGGCGGAUUAAAUCCUUCCGUCCCCCAUUCAAUCGACUUCAUUUAGUUCCAUUUUCUUCUCCCCUCCCAACACCCCCCCGCAGCAGCAGCAGCCUGGGUCAGACCCUCCAGCAGCGAGCAGCCUUCCUCUCGCUUGCUCUGGGGUUUUUCCCCUUUAUUUCAACUUUCCCCUCUCGCCAGGAGACCUGUCUGCGGCGACCCUCUGCCUGCCGUGCGUGCCAGGGUCACGCAGCAGAGCCCCGUCGCUUCUCCGGGGGGAGAGAGAAGGGCGGGUUUGUCUUUUCCCCCUUCCACUCGUCCGGCUGCUCCAUGGGACCUGGAGUCCCCCCGGCCACGGCUUUGUAAGCGGACACGAUGGGUUUGGGGACAACAUGGCACACUACAUUUCCCAUCAUGCACUGCUCUGCAGUCCUCUCUCCCCCCCCCCCCCGGUCUGUGUUUGUGUACCUUCACCUAGGGCUAUGCGAUGGCCACAGGUAAACGUGUUCCCCCCACUUCUAACGUCUCUUUCAAUGUGGGGUGCGGGGGGGGGGUUGUUUUAAAGUUGGACUGUUCUGGUUUCAGCCUUCCAAAGCCUAAAACCAGCAUUGCUUGGUCCUUGUGACCAGAGCUGUGGCCCCUUGACUCGCCCCACCACGUUGUUGUUGUUAUUAUUAUUUUGGAAUUUUGUUUAAAAAAAAAAAAACCUUUUGUUGUAAAAAGGUGGUUUGUUUUUUUCCUUUACAGCCCUAUCAUCCCAACCCUCACCCUACGAGCACUAUGUGACUAGAGGCGCCUUGCCAAACGGUUUCUUUUUUCUUUUUCUUUGUAUCCCUGUAUUUUUGUGCAGAUUGAAUGGUAUAUCACCGGGUAAAACUGUUCAGAUUUGUUUAAAUUUAUAAUCUUAAUAAAAAGUCCAUUAUAAAGUU